CGCUUGCUUCCUUUCUCUCCCGCGAAUUCACUUGCCCUGAUCCUCCAGUAUGAACCUUUCUUGCUCUUCGCCGCCGCAAUCUGCCGUUCUGGCUUUCCCAGCUUCUCCUACCUUCGAUAACAAACAAUCUCAGCAUCUUGAACAUAGCGCCUCAGCCGGUACUGCCUGUGACACCGUACUGAACACUCCGAUCUCUUCUCGUCAAGCGCCACCCACACCGCCAGAUUCAGAUUCGUCGCCGCGCAAUAAUAUUCUCAAUAGUAGUACUUCAUUUUCUUCAUCCCAGCCCAACCUUUCUCUCUCUCCGUCUCAAAAAUUUAACGUCGGCAGUCCUAAGCCCAGCAAUUCUUCGCAUUCUAAUACUAUCUCUAUGUCUACAAACCACAUUGUCGCCAGACCAAAUAAUCCGUCCCUCAAGCUACAGGAAAAUGGUACGGCGUCCUCUUACAGUCGUUCUACCGCAGUUUCAUCCAAUUCUCCCUCGUAUAGCAUCUCCUGUCCUACAGGCUUGCAAUUUUCAUAUGACCAUAUGUUUCCUGACUCGAGCGACUCACAGUUGUCGUUGAGUCCCGAGACGCCUUCCCAGCGCCUUCCCAGCGCGUCUCGCGCAUUACACCGUACCCCAAAUGUGUAUAUCAAUGGACUGCCCCCUCAUUUUCCGGAGCAAGAGCUCUUUGCUCUCACUCGCCCAUUUGGCGAGGUAAAGAGUGUGAGAUCGUUCACUAGGCACGUGAGUGAGAAACCAACAGGGUAUGGCUUCGUUUUGUUCAGCGACGUCGAUUCGGCAGAAAAAUGUAUCGAGGGUCUUCGUAAAUAUCGCAACCUACAUCCGUCGUUCUCAAAGCAAAUCCAUCGCAUACCUGGCACGGUGUACGCCCAGCAAAGCCCCUCUCAAAUAGAGCAUGAUGAAGAUUCUUUCAAGGCGCGAAUGGAAAAACUAAAGGAUGGGUUAUCCACCAACCUAUACAUCGAGGGACUUCCUCUCUCGAUUGAUGAAGAGAGCCUUGCUGCUUUGGUACAUCCUUACACCAUCAAAAGCAGCCGCUUCUUCAAAACGAAGCUGAGUGAACCACCUCGGAUAAUAGCUUUCGUUCGACUUGAGACUCGUGCAGCUGCAGAGGAUACCAUCGAACGCCUACAUGGUCGAAUGGUCCGUGGAUGGAAUGACCCUGGAUGCAGGAUUUCCGUCCGUUUUGCCGACAGUGCCGAACAACGGGAGCUAAGGCGAUCAGAGAGAGUAUCCAAGAAUGGGGACCAGUCUCCAGCCCGUUUGACAAUUGCUCAAGCAGCUCUUCUCAACCUUCGUGGCCAAGAUCUCCAAGCUCACGCUCGCAAGACCCAAGUAAAUCGCGCCCAUGAUAUCCCCGUCAUUGGUCAACCUUGUGACGAGAUUUCCCUGUCAAGUAUUCAUCACUCCUACCCGAACCUGAAUCUCGCCUCCGUAUCAGCAGGAAACAUUCCUGUAUCUACGUCGCUGCCAGGCCAUCUUGGUUAUCCGUACGACAGCUCUCCGUCGACUGGGUACCAGGACCUUCAAUCGAAUCACUACACCGACGACCUUCUACAGUCACUGCAACACAACCUGAAUUUGACACACGCUUACACGGGGUCGACACUUGACCAAGAGCAUGAUGCUCAGCGCGCCCAUCUUCAAGCUCUCGCAAAUGCAACGCUGUACACGGCUAGCGCUCAGCCGUCUGUACAGCAGCCUCGCAGCCAGAUACAAGCAAAUAAUGGCUUCACUCCUGCUGAAGAGCUCAUCCUCCAGGCUCAUGCAAGGAUACGUGAACAACAGUACCAACAGCUGCAGACCCAGCAGCAACUUGUGCACCCACGUGAUUACAUUCUACCUCGGCGCGCCUCUUCAUCUGGACGACUAGAAUCCGGAAGCAAACUCAAUGCGAACGCGCAGGUAUUCCACGCCCCGGAGCAGAUCGCUGCUUAUCCGCUCGCUGGUCGAGCCUUGGGUGGGGCGAGUCGGUCCAAGUUCUUGGGCGACGCUCUACCACCAAUCUCUGAAGACGACUUCCAUGCUCUCGGGCAACAUCAGCUGGAGUGCAGGUCACAUUAUGACCAUCUCCGCGCCCAUUACCAGGAGGAGCUGCAUUUCGGCGGUGAUGUUGGCAACAUCAGGAUCACGAAACCGCCCAGUCGUGCCAUCGAAAUUGUUGCGCCACCUCAGCAUCUUGAUUCCAAGCGUUCUUUACAGUCGCACCAUCGCUCUCAAUCCUCUUCGCGUUCGCACCUUUCUCUGCGGCAGCAAGCACAAGUCGCUACUCUCCCUCGUUCUCCUCUUGCGUCAAAUUCAUCCCAGCACAGUUAUCAGCACACGGACAGCCGCUCCAAUAACCUAAACAGCACUAUCACUACAUCCAAUACCAACGAUAAACCCGACAGUAGUCUUCAGAACUAUCUCCGUUCGCCACAAACAUCCCGGCCUCGGCCAGAUGAUCAAGAGGACCAUCGCCAUGAUUCUACUUCUGUGUCCUCAAAAGCAUACGUUCCUGCACAGAAGUCGCCUUCUUUAGCCCAACAACUAUCAAUCGAAAAUGACAUGAAGUCUCCUACUCUCGUAUCCCCGGCGCUAACUUACUCGUCUCGUACCCCAUCUACUCUCAGUCCGGCUACUCCUUUCUUCGGAUCAUUCAACGGCAGCCCAGAGACUUUCGAGUACGCGCCGGACGAUGGUGAGAUGGUGGAGAAGGUGAAGGCUGGGUCAGGUACGCACUAGCUCGUCGUUCUCGUCCAGUGACAGUUUCCGGUGCAUGUUAUUUUUC